GCCACUGGAAAACGAGAUCAUAGACUUGCAAUGUUGAAAACUCGUCGCUGCUACCUGGAGAAAAGGAGGGAGGAGGAACUGAAGCAAUUUGAUGAGAAUACUAAUUGGCUCCAUCGUGUCGAAAAAGAAAUGGGACACUUAGGUCAAAAUGGUCAUAUUCCAAAGGAACUCAAGAAAGAUCUUCAUUGUCACCAUUUGCACCUCCAGAACAAAGAUUUGAAAGCACAGAUUAGACAUAUGAUGGAUCUAGCUUGUCUUCAGGAACAGCAACACAGGCAGACUGAGGCAGUAUUGAAUGCUUUACUUCCAACCCUAAGAAAACAAUAUUGCACAUUAAAAGAUGCUGGCCUGUCAAAUGCUGCUUUUGAGUCUGACUUCAAAGAGAUCGAACACUUGGUGGAGAGGAAAAAAGUGGUAGUUUGGGCUGACCAAACUGCUGAACAACCAAAGCAAAAUGAUCCACCAGGGAUUUCUGUUCUUAUGACCUUUCCACAACUUGGACCAGUUCAGCCUAUUCCUUGUUGCUCAUCUUCAAGUGGAUCUAAUCUGGUUAAGACUCCCACACAAAAAAGAACUCGGAGAAAACUAAUGCCAUCUCCCUUGAAAGGACAGCAUACUCUAAAGUCUCCACCAUCUCAAAGUGUGCAACUCAAUGAUUCUCUUAGCAAAGAACUUCAGCCUAUUGUGUAUACACCAGAAGACUGUAGAAGAACUUUUCAAAAUCCGUCUACAGUAACCUUAAUAAAACCAUCAUCGUUUACUACAAGUUUUCAGGCUAUCAGCUCAAAUAUAAAUAGUGAUAAUUCUCAGAAAACGUGUGAAGUAGCUAUCCCUCAUAACAGAAGAAAGGAAUGUGGACAGGAGGACUUGGACUCUACAUUUACUAUAUGUGAAGACAUCAAGAGCUUGAAGUGUAAAUUACCCAAACAAGAAUCACUACCAAAUGAUAACAAAGACAUUUUACAACGGCUUGACCCUUCUUCAUUCUCAACUAAGCAUUCUAUGCCUAUACCAAGCAUGGUGCCAUCCUACAUGGCAAUGACUACUGCUGCCAAAAGGAAACGGAAAUUAACAAGUUCUACAUCAAACACUUCGUUAACUGCAGACAUAAAUUCUGGAUUUGCCAAACGUGUUCGACAAGAUAAUUCAAGCGAUAAGCACUUACAAGAAAACAAACCAACAAUGGAACAUAAAAGAAACAUCUGUAAAGUAAAUCCAAGCUUGGUUAGAAAAUUUGGAAGAAAUAUUUCAAAAGGAAAUCUAAGAUAAAUCACUUCAAAACCAUGCAAAAUGAAGUUGAUCAAAUCUGCUUUUCAAAGUUUAUCAGUACCUUUUCAAAAAUAUAUUUAAAAUCUUUGAAAGAAGACCCAUCUUAAAGCUAAGUUUACCCAAAUACUUUCAGCAAGCAGAAAAAUGAAACUCUUUGUUUUCUUCUUUUGUAUUCUAAAAAAAUAAAACUCCAAAAGAAAAGGUUGUCUUUUAAGUUUUUUAAAUAUUUAUUGCCUUUUAAAAUCCCUGAGUGUAAGUUACCAUGGUGGCAGCUUAGUUUUACUAUGCUACAACAAGUUGACUAGGACAUUUUAGUAAAUGGUAGUGAGUUAAAUUAUCUUUAUUAUUUUUUGAAAAUAAGAAUUUAGAAGUGGUAAAAUUAUGGCCCAAGAUGUAUUUGGCUCGCUAUUAUGUUUCAAUACAUUGUUUUAAUCAUAUAUAUGACUUUCCUUUUCAAAAGUAAUGUACGAGUGUCGAUAUAUGUGCCCAUAAAAUCAUUGUAAAUAUUAUUUAAGUAGUCAUCACAAAUAAAAUAUUGUUCUUGCUACUUGAUAUAUUAAAGAUGUAGAUUUUAAAGUG